CUGCGCAGAGAAAUACAAGAUGGCGGAGAGUGCGGAACUGAAGCAAAUGGUGAUGAGCCUGCGGGUGUCUGAGCUCCAGGUGCUGCUGGGCUACGCCGGGCGCAACAAGCACGGACGUAAGCACGAGCUUCUAACCAAGGCGUUGCAUCUGGUAAAGGCAGGCUCGAGCCCCGCCGUGCAUAUGAAGAUCAAGGAGCUGUACCGCAGACGCUUCCCUGCAAAAAUGGUGUCGCACUCCGAGCUCUCCUUGCCCGGACCGCAUCACCCAGCCACAGCGGGGGUGGUUGGAGGAGGCGGAGCCGCUUUGCCUAGUGGCCUGACACAGCUGGCGUACGAAGGCCACGCAGGUCACGGUGGAACCCCGUCACCCGCCGCCUUACUACCCCUCUCGCUACUCGGCCCCGGAAAGCACGAGUUCACCGGGUUGACACACCACCUGUCCGCUGCAGUCCCGCUACACCCCGUCCAUCCAGAUGUGAAGCUCCAGAGGUUGCCAUUUUAUGACAUGCUUGAUGAGCUCAUCAAGCCAACCAGUCUAGCUUCGGACAACAGCCAGAGAUUCCAGGAGACAUGUUUUGCCUUUGCAUUAACGCCACAGCAAGUCCAGCAGAUCAGCAGUUCAAUGGACAUCUCGGGGACCAAAUGUGAUUUCUCAGUUCAAGUCCAAUUGCGGUUUUGCCUGUCAGAGACAAGCUGUCCUCAGGAAGAUCAUUUUCCACCCAGUUUGUGUGUGAAAGUAAACGGCAAGCCAUGUAACCUGCCGGGUUAUCUUCCUCCGACCAAAAACGGUGUUGAGCCCAAGCGGCCCAGCCGACCCAUCAACAUUACCUCACUGGUGAGAUUGUCCACGACAGUCCCUAAUACCAUUGUGGUGUCCUGGACUUCUGAGAUUGGAAGGAAUUACUCUAUGGCAGUGUACUUAGUCAAGCAGCAGUCCUCCACGGUGCUUUUACAGAGGCUUCGAGCUAAAGGCAUAAGGAAUCCAGACCACUCCAGAGCACUCAUCAAAGAGAAGCUAACAGCAGACCCAGACAGUGAGAUAGCAACAACUAGCCUUCGUGUGUCUUUGCUCUGCCCGCUCGGAAAAAUGCGGCUGAUGAUUCCAUGCCGGGCGCUGACAUGCUCCCACCUGCAGUGCUUUGACGCCACACUGUAUAUUCAAAUGAACGAGAAGAAGCCCACCUGGGUUUGUCCUGUUUGUGACAAGAAAGCCCCUUAUGAACUCCUCAUCAUCGAUGGGCUUUUUGUGGAGAUCCUGAACAGCUGUGUGGAUUGCGAUGAGAUCCAAUUCAAGGAAGAUGGGAACUGGGCCCCCAUGAGGACAAAAAAGGACUUACAGGAAGUCUCCUGUGCUGCUUUAAGCAGCAGCCUGAAUGGUCUGUGUCCGACAUCUGCUGGCUCAGAUCAGCAGAUCUCCUUGUCAGCCAACCACAGCAGUGGCAGUAAUGACAGCAGCAGCAAGAAAAUGGCGGUGAUCGACUUGACAUUAGACAGCUCCUCAGAAGAUGACGAGCAGGACACUCCGCCGCCACUGCCGCCGCCGCCUCUACCUUCAUUGCCUCCUCCCGCCAAACGAUCCUGUCCUUCCAUUUCCCCAACAUCGCCGCCCAUCCUCAACAAAGGGGUGUUGAACCUGCACCAUCAGGCCUCCCCGGUGAGUCGUGCAUCCAGCAUGCCAGCUAUGGACACCAGCUACAUGCCUCCUGUCCCGCCACUCAUCCAGGACUAUAGACCCUACUACCACACCACCAAUGACCUUCCAGAUUUGAAUUUCUUCUCGUUCCUGCAAGGUGACAAUCAUCAGCAUUACAACAUGGUGAUGGCGGCGGCCGCCUCCGCCUCGGAAGACCACGAGCUUCUGCUCAACCGCUUCCUGCCCUACAGCACCUCUGGCUCCUCGGCAUCUUUACUGACGCCGCCCUCCAACGGGGCCGGCGGGUCCGGCAGCAGCAGCAGCAGCAGCAGCCUGGUGUCGUCCGGCGGCCUCCGGGAUCCUCACUCCUUAUCCUCACACUCGCAUGGCGGGGUGCUGGCCGGCCGGGGUGCCGCAGAAGCAGCGGUGGCAGCUAUUUACGGAGGCAUUCCUGAUGUUAUAUCGUUGGACUGACUCACAAAGAGUCGGGCCGGAUCCAGCGAUCAAUUUGGCUGCAGGGUAGAGAAAUGACUCGCAAACCAGACUAGAAUCGUGCGACUCCUCUGUGGAGUCGCCGCCUAAGAGGAGCACCAGGCAAUGUUGCCUUAAACUGUCGUGAAGGUCAGCUGGGCACAUUGACGUUUUUAGUGGCCGGCGUUAUGGCUUUACAGCUCUCAACCUGGCACAAACAGCAAAAACUCAAAGGAGGACAGCUCUCUCUUUUUUUAUGAACUCUAGGAGAGGCAUCGUGUACAGAGAACAAAAUCUAUUUUCUUCUUUGACUUUUGUAUGGUCAACGGGGACACGUCCAGGCUCGUGAGCUGCUUCAACUGCUGUUUCUGACCGUGUUUGAGUUUGGCUCCUGCCAUGUACCUGCUAACCUGGUUUUGAAGUCCUCACCCUCCUCUUACAGUCAUUUCUGUCUUAUGUUUAUGAAUUCUGCUUUUACACAAUAUGCAUUCCUUUUCACGUUUUCAGGUUACCCCGGUUGUGUGAUAGGCGAAGCAGCCACAUCUGCUUUAUCAUGUUCACUCCUUUUAAAGAUUCCAUCAACAUCCAGCAUUUAGACUGUUCUCAGAGCUUCACAGUAUUUAUAUAUGUAAAUCAUGAAAAGGAAAGAAUUUUUUAUUUCUUUUUUUUGUUUCGCUUAUGCCAAAAAGUAACAAGGUACCUUGACGAUGAUCAGAGUGCAGUCGGAGUGCUUAAAAGAUGAAGUGUUCUUUUUUUUUCUUUUCUUUCUUUGGACACUUAAAACGCAUUCAUUGCGACAUUCUCACUCAACCAUUGGGAAUAAAUGAACAAUGCAGUUGGAAUUCAAACAGCAGCCCAUCUUAAGGAUUCAAUCCACGGCGGACUUGAGUUUCAACUUGUGCCUGUUUGUGCAAAUGCAUCACUGCAUGUCAGUGAUGAAGAUUUCUCCUGAGUCAAAAAAGGAUGUCUUCAUAUGAGGUUUAGCUUAGUGGACUCUUAGAGUUUGAAUGCUGUACAGUUAGGGAUGGGCAGUGAGGAAAAUGACCACGUUCUAUAUAGGACAUGGUCAUUUAGAGCAUCUUUGGUUGAUGGGCAGGUUGCAGUCGUCUGCUCACAUUCGCCUCGGCCCCUGUCAGGCUCGCCGUUCGUUUUGCCUGCAUGUCUUAAAAUCUUUCAAGAUUCCACUCCUAGACGUGUGCAGUCAGACAGCACAUUCCCAAGUGUCACUGCUGACAACAAGCAGCGCUUUUUGCCGCGCACGCUCCCAUAGCCAGGUGACCCACUUUUAAUUCACUCUUGGCACCUGUUGAGGAGUCCAAAUGAAGUCUUAGCCAUUAGUCAGCAUUUUUUGUGAAUGGCCCCUGGAGAUGUUUGCUUGUUACGCAUAGAGGAGCUUUUGUAACAAACAAUUCACUUUGCCUUGUCUCCAUUGAUCAGAUUUUCACAGGAAGUGUAUCGUGAUUUAUGGGGUACCCGGGAUUAAUUGAGUUCCCAUUAGACCUGAAGUGUGCCAGAGAAAGUACUGGGCUCCCUUUUUAAUGAAUCAACCAUAAGAACAGACUCCAUUUUCUUCUAAUGACGUUUAUUCAAGAAGGAAUCCAUCAAACUGAUCUUUUCAUCUUUUCACAAGAACCAACCCAGUCUAUCAAACUCAUUUUUGGGAGUAAGCUCUCAUGUCUUUCCUGUGUUGUGCAGUAUUUUAUUUAUUUGUGUUUUGAGCAAUUGAUGUCUGUGGGAGAAUGCAUGAGUAUUCAUUAUUUGCGUUGUGUUGAGUUCCCUUUUGUAUUUAACUCCCUUCGACAGAAGUGUUUUUUUUCUCCCUAACGACAAAGGUACAAUUAAGUUCUGAACAAGACAUGUUCAUUCAUUCUCUUGAGAGCUUUACUGGCGUAAGAAUCUUAGCCUGCUCAUGCAAAAGACAAUGACUUAAUGGAUGUAGCAUGCCUUCCUGUCCUUAAGUCAUUACGAGUUAACUUAAUGGAUCAAUUCAUAAUUACGCAAUGUGCAGAAAAAAUAUUUGAUGUUAAGUCAUUAAUGAUUUGACCCCACCCAAAAUUUUUAAGCGUGAACGUAUAAAAGCAUUUGACGUAUGGGUUAAAAGCUUUGGAGAAGGUCAAACUAAGGUUGAGUAGCCACUCCCAACUAUUGGAGUGAAUUCAAUGUACUGGAACUUGCAUCUGGGCUGCGUAUCAGACUACACAAUAUGGGUGUAACGGGCGAUGCAGGCCAUGUUGGAUGUGUUCCUGCUCAAGUGCCCUGGAUAGACAAAAAGUAUCUCAAAAUGUCCCGAUUGUCUACAGCGCUGCCCUGGUUCACUACAGAUAUUAAGCUACUGUAUUUAUCUCUCCUUUAAAAUGACUGACUUGUGUGAGAGGACAGCUGAGCCUGACAGCAUGCAGGGAAGGAUAAGCGCACGUCUGCACAUGUGCACGUUGUGGCUUGUCCAUUAUCUACCCUGUGAGGUCAGCAUGAACGUGCUGGAGCCCAGCCUACUUUCAAUCCAGUGGAUGAAAUGAGGCCACUCCGCAAAAAAAAAAAACGCUUAUGUGUCCUAAUGAUCAAAAGGGAAAAUUCAACAAUGUGUGUAUUCUGCCUGUAUGGGUUCCUGAAUAUUCAGAUCCAAAUGUGUUUGAUGUCCGUUUGUACACUUUUUGUGUCGAUUCAGAGCCGCGCGAAGAAAGUAAUUUAUAUAUAUUUUUAAGAGAACGGAAGCCGUAGCUAACUAUCGAAGAAAGGACUGUGGCCAAUAAAGAGUGUCGUCGAUCUGUAAUAGUCAACCCCCGCACUCACUGCCUUAAAACAUGCACAGGUUUGGUUUCAUGGCUCCAACUCCAAAACCACACGAGGCUUUUAAAGAGGACUGUAUCGACUACAGUAAACCCUUGUCAGUUUGUACAAAAGUACCAAGUGGAAGAAAAUAUUUAUUACAUGCAUUGGAAUAAAUUGUUUACUUCUUGAAUGUUAACUGUUGAUGUUUAGAAAGUUUAGAUGUAUUAAAAGUGCAUUCUGCUAAUUCA